UCGAAAACAGGCCAGGUCCAGAACCAGGUUAACGAGGUUGUUGGGAUCAUGCAGGACAACAUCAACAAGGUCAUGCAACGCGGCGAACAAUUAGACACCUUACAGAACAAGACCGAUGAUCUCCAACAAUCAUCCCUCCAAUUCCAACGCGGCGCCUCCCGCGUCCGGAAACAGAUGUGGUGGAAGGAUAUGAAGAUGAAACUUAUCAUUGGAGGCAUUGUUGCUGUUAUUCUUAUUAUCAUCAUU